UAGAGAUGAGAUUGCGCGGAGUUUUAGGUAAUUUAAUAAAAUAUGAUGUUAGUGUGGAAGAUAAGCUUAUUAUUUUAUUGAAAAGUAAAGAGGUGUGAGAGAGUGUGGGGACCACUGAAGGAGUGAGAAAUGAUACAGUAAGAAAGAGUGGGGAUAUUAGUGGGUAAAGAUAUAUUAUUAAUUGUAGGGUUUUUCUACGUUGUAACCUCGUUUUUUUCACUUUUCUAUGUUGUGUCCUAACAUAUAUGACUUGCCACGCUGUAACCCUAAAACACGAAAAAUGUUUAUAUGGUGCUCUCGCCGUUAACUUGCUGUUAGGGGUUCCGUUAAAAUAAAAAAAUUAAACUUUUUUUUAUUUUUUGUUUCAUUUCCCCUUCCCAUUUCCCUUCUUCCCUCCAUAACCACCAGAGUAGAUCAAUCGCGACCACCCUCAAUAGCUAGCCCCCUCCCGUCAGCCCAGCCACCACCCCCUCUCCCACCGCCAGUCGCUGCCCAGACCCCUCCAGCCACCAGACACCUCAACUACCACCUCCGUCCCCUAGCCACCUGCCUCGCCAACCAUGUCAAUCCCCUGCUCGCCACUGUCACGCAACAAUAACCAAACCGAACGCCACCAAAUACGCACCAAAAUAGCAGCCCAAAUCGACACCAAAAGUAUCAAUUUUAGCAGCAAUUCACUCAAUUUCAUCAGCAAAUUUCAGGCUACAAAAAAAAGGAUGACGUGAGAGGGGAAGCAGAGCAUGGGAGGGUGACGCGAGAGGGGAAACACAGCAGGGGGAGGAUUUCGUGGGUGGCUGGGUUUCGAGUUUAGGGGUUUCACGGUGGCUGGGUGGUCGGGUUCAGAGGGGUUUCGUGGGUAGUCUGGGGUUUCAAGGUGGUCGAUUUUAGGGGUUUAGGGGGGUUUCAUGUCAGGUGAGAAGGGGUAUGGUUGGGAGUUUGAAGAGGGGGUAUGGUGGGGUUGGGGUUUUGGGUUGAGGACUGGUGGUGGUGAUCAUGGUGGAGUUGCCAUUGAAGGUUGGGGGUGGCUGGUUGUGGGCGGGGUGACUGGUCGUAGGCGAGGGUAGCCGGUUCUAGGGGAAGAGAUGGUGGUGGAGGGGGUGGCAGCUUGGUCGGAAUUAAUGGAGGGAGGAAGGAAAGGGAAAUUAAUUUUUUUAUAAAUUAAAUAUUUUUUUAAAAGAAAUAUGUUAACGGAAGCAACUAACAGGCAAGUUAACAGCGAGGGCACCAUAUAGACACUUUUCGUGUUUUAGAGUUACAGCGUAGAAAGUUAUAUAUAUUAGAGUACAACGUAGAAAAGUGAAAAAAUAUGAGGUUACAACGUAGAAAAACCCUUAAUUGUAAGAAAUUUUCAAAUAUAGAACUCUAGCUUAAAAAAAGAAAAAAAUAUAUAUAGUAACUCUAACUUAUAAAAAAAUACGGAGGGAGUAAUUAGCAAACUCUAACAAACCACUAGUAAAACUACAUUGUUUAACAACCUAUGGCCUGAUUUCCUCUGCAAAUUCCACCCAUCAGUUUUUUAAAAAGAAAACAAAAGAUAAAGCAAUGCUCUCUCUUUCACCCACUUCAGUCUUUCUCAACCCCAUGUCUCUAUCUUCUUCAUCCUUACAAAAUCAAGCUCAAGCUCAUCCCUUUAAUGGCGGCAAUCCUCUUUCCUUCACAUCCCCUGCAAAAAAAACCACCGCUCAUCACUAAAACAAGCAGACCCAAUCAUUACUCUUCAAGCCUUUCUGCCAAUUCAUCAGUUGCAGAACAACAAGAAGAAGAAUAUCAAGUUUUAACAGCUACUCGAAGCGAAUACAACAAAAUUGUAAUCUUGGAAUCCGAAAACUCCAAAGUAUUACUAUUAGAUGAUAGUGGAAAUGUGCAUAGUAUACUGUAUAAAGGCCAAAAAUGGACGAACUCUUAUUGGGAUGAAUUUACCAGUUUGCCUGCAAUCAUUCCUAAAGGUGGUCCAGUUGCCAUUUUUGGAUUAGGAGGUGGUACAGUCGCUCAUCAAUUGCUCCACUUUUGGCCUUAUUUGGUUAUUGAUGGGUGGGAGUUAGAUGAUGUUCUAAUUGAUCGAGCAAGAAUGUAUUUUGGGAUGUCUGAGUUGGAAAUGACAACAAAUAAUAACGGAGGCUUUCUUCGAGUUUGUGUAGGAGACGCUUUGUCUCCUACAGCAAAAGUAGCAGGUGGUUAUGCAGGGAUUAUUGUCGACUUGUUUGCUAAUGCUGAGGUUCUUCCGGAGUUGGAAGUCGCACAAACUUGGCUAAACAUCAAGGAUAAACUCAUGCCGAAUGGGAGGAUCAUGGUUAAUUGUGGCGGGGCGAAAGAGAUUUUGAAUGGUGGAAAAGAGUGGGAAGUGAACUUGACAAUUAAGGCAUUGUGUGAAGCAUUUGGUCAGGAGCUUGUGAACUGGAAAAAGAUGCCUGACAAUGAGAGUGGGAAUUAUUUGGCGUUUACGGGGCCAUUACUGGAAUUGGAUAUGUGGUCUCAAUCUGUGCCGGAGAAACUUAGCUCUGCCGUCAAGCAAUGGAGACCUUGUAAGCCUUUGUCAUGAGUAUAGAAAAGAAUGUCAUUCUGAAUCACAUUGGUUGUAUUGAAUCUUCAGUGGUCGUUCUUGCUCUUGCAUUUUCCACUAGAUAGGUAUAGAAUGAUAUACUGAGUUAGUAUGUUUAAUAAUAUGGUGACGUUUGAAACUCCAA